GGGGCUGCAUCCAAGGGAGGGGCGACCUUGCCUACGGGCGCACCCACCCGGCCCCUCUCCCCGCAGGAGGUCUCGGGUCAGGCUCAAUCCGCGCUCUUCCUUGAGCACGGCGCCGCCACGGGAUCUCGCGGGGACCCUGGCGAGCCGAGUCGCUGGUCACCGGGUCGAGGUGCGUCCUUCCGCCCUUCCUGAAGCGGGUCUGGCCGCGGAAGGCCCCUCGGGAGCCACGGCCUAGCGGAGCCGAACUGGAAGACUGCCGCACGUCGGGGCCCGUGCGGGGAAACCGAGCCCGCGGAGGGCGAGAGAGGGAGCGGGCUGGCCAGAGGCCACCGACACUCCAGCUCCGGGACCUUCCUCCGACCUCGGGAGGAGCCCUGCCCGUCCGGUGCUCGGUGCUCGCGGGGACCCGGACCGAGCCUAGCGCCGUACCGCCCUUCCCGAACGUCAUCCUCGGGGGCGGUGUUCCCCUCGCCGAUACGGGCUCCGAGAGGAGACUGAUUCCCCAAGGCAGGCCCGCCCUCAGCAGGUGCGGGGACUCAGGAGCUGCACCCCGCCAUGCGCUGCCGCACGCUGGCCCUGGGCCUGGGGUUCUGCCUGCUGGCGGGCGCGGCCCUCUGCGUUCUGUGGGUGUACGCGGAGCACUGGCUGCCGUUCUCCUACGUCCCCUAUUAUCUCCCCUGCCCAGCGAUCUUCAACAUGAAGCUGCAGUACAGGGGCGAGAGGCCCUUCCAGCCCGUGGCCGGGUCGCAGUACCCGCAGCCCAAGCUGCUGGAGCAGAGGCCCACAGACCUGCUGACGCUCACGCCCUGGCUGGCACCCAUCGUCUCCGAGGGGACCUUCGACCCGGAGCUUCUGCAGAACAUCUACCGGCCACUGAACCUGACGGUCGGGCUCACCGUGUUCGCCGUGGGGAAGUACACCCGCUUUGUCCCGCACUUCCUGGAGUCGGCCGAGCGGUUCUUCAUGCAGGGCUACCAGGUGCGCUACUACGUCUUCACCGAUGACCCCGAGGCCGUUCCGAGGGUCCCGCUGGGCCCCGGCCGCACCCUCGGCAUCAUCCCCAUCCGGAAGUACCCCCGCUGGGAGGAGGUCUCCAUGCGGCGGAUGGAGACCAUCAGCCAGCACAUCGCCCAGAGGGUGCACGGGGAGGUGGACUACCUCUUCUGCGUCAACGUGGAUAUGGUGUUCCGGAACCACUGGGGCCCCGAGACCUUGGGAGACCUGGUAGCCGCCAUUCACCCGGGCUACUACGCCUCGCCCCGCCAGCAGUUCCCUUAUGAGCGCAGGCAUGUCUCCACUGCCUUUGUGGCAGACGGCGAGGGGGACUUCUAUUAUGGCAGGGCGGUCUUUGGGGGACGGGUGGACAGGGUGUACGAUUUCACUAGGGGCUGCCACAUGGCCAUCUUGGCGGACAAGGCCAACGGCAUCAUGGCGGCCUGGCAGGAGGAGAGCCACCUGAACCGUCGCUUCAUCUCGCACAAGCCCUCCAAAGUGCUGUCCCCCGAGUACCUCUGGGACGACAGGAAGUCCCAGCCACCCAGCCUGAAGCUGAUCCGCUUUUCUAGUCUGGACAAGAACUCCCACUGGCUGCGGAGCUGACCCCAGAGCCAGGCUGCCACGGACAGGGUCCCAAGCCGUGCAGCCGGCUCGCCCCUCACGGGCACCCAGAGGCCCCGGCGGAGUGCCUCACGGCUCAAGCCUUAGCUGAGACCCGCCUGGUCCUGCCUGGUCCUGCCUGCCUCUCUCUCAGGAGAAUCCCACCGGAAGCAUAAGUGGGAGGGCCUCUGGGAACUGUGGGAGGGCUGUGCCCACAGGAGGAGAGCAGAGAGCUCGAAUGUGGGCCGAGAGGUGGGACAGGGCGGGGUCACGAGAGGGUGGGGGGACAGGCACCCCAUAGACUCGCCUCCACGUCCUCCUUGUGCCUUCGUGUCCUCAGGGCGGCCCUGCGUCCUGCCCUCCGCUGUGCCUGCAUCGCCACCCCCGCCCCCUUUCCCGCCCACUGCCCUUGGGGUUGCGCUUGUCACCGCUGGUGUGAGGGGUGUCCAGGGCUCCCAGUACUGUGAUGCCCUUCGGCCACGUGGAGCCAGUUCCUCACGCAGGAGGUUGAGAACCUGACUGGGUCUGGGCUCUCUGUGGUUUCCAGCGCAGCCCCACCCAGCGGCGACCACCCUCCCUGGCACUAGCCCUCUCCUUUGUCAGAAGGUCGGGGCUGCUUUAAUAAAGGUGGCACCUGCUAGGCCCUAGCCAGGGUA